AUGCUUGUUGAGAAGCUUUUAAAUAAAUCUUAUUAUGAUAUUGACUCAGAGGUUAAUUAUCUGAUUCUUUUUAUAGCUGCAGAUGAUUGGAUCAGCAAUCCAGAAAACUCGCUAAACAAGGCAUCUGAAAUUGGUGAAGGAGUGUUUCGAACAAUUUUCAAAGUUCCGUUAGGAUCACAACAAGGAAGAAAUGUUGCAAUCAAGAAACUUAUCACAUCAAACAUACUUCAAUAUCUAGAAGACUUCGACAGGGAAGUUAGAAUUCUAGGCAACGCCAGACAUCCAAAUUUGAUAGCGUCGAAAGGAUACUAUUGGAAUCCUCAACUACAGCUUUUAGCAUCUGAAUUUGCACCAAAUAGUAACUUGCAAUCCAAGUUACAUGAAAAUCUUCCUUCAAGUCCACCACUUUCUUGGCCUAAUAGAUUCAAGAUUUUACUUGGAACAGCAAAGGGACUUGCACAUUUGCAUCAUUCAUUCAGACCACCAAUCAUUCACUACAACAUAAAACCAAGCAACAUCUUACUUGACGAAAACUUCAACGCAAAGAUAUCAGAUUUCGGGUUAGCUAGGCUAUUAACAAAGCUAGACAAGCAUGUGAUGAGUAACAGGUUUCAAAGUGCUUUAGGUUAUGUAGCACCAGAACUAGCCUGUCAAAUCUUAAGGGUCAAUGAGAAAUGUGAUGUGUAUGGUUUUGGUGUGAUGAUACUUGAAAUAGUGACAGGUAAGAGGCCGGUGGAGUAUGGUGAAGAUAAUGUGUUGAUAUUGAAUGAUCAUGUGAGGGUUUUGCUUGAACAUGGUAAUGCUUUGGAGUGUGUUGAUCCAAGUUUGAUGAGCGAAUAUCCCGAGGAUGAGGUUUUACCUGUUUUGAAGCUGGCUAUGGUCUGUACAUCUCAAAUUCCAUCUAGUAGGCCUACUAUGGCAGAAGUUGUGCAAAUAUUGCAGGUCAUUAAAACUUCUGUUCCUCAAAGGAUGGAAGUAUUUUGAUGACACUAAUACGCAUAUAUGUUUAGCUAUUUUCAGUGGUUUUAAACUGCGGUCACAAUUACACAU